AUGGAAUGAAGUCAUAACCCAGGUAAUUAUAAUAUUUUAGUUGUUUUCAUUGCUGAUAGGAAGAAUAAAUUUUAAAAAUCUUGGGUAGAGAGUAUCAAAUGUUGGAAGAGUCUGUUAUAAUGAUAGUUUAUCUUUAGGUGAACCCAAGGCUAUGGGAAGAAAUAAUCUAACAAGACCCUCUGAAUUCAUCCUCCUGGGACUUUCUUCUAGACCUGAAGAUCAGAAGACACUCUUUGCUGUGUUUCUCCCCAUCUACCUCAUCACAGUGAUUGGAAACCUACUCAUCAUCCUAGCCAUCCGCUCAGACACUCGCCUCCAGACACCCAUGUACUUUUUCCUGAGCAUCCUGUCCUUUGUUGACAUUUGCUAUGUGACAGUCAUUAUACCCAAGAUGCUGGUGAACUUCUUAUCAGAGACAAAGGCCAUCUCUUAUAGUGAGUGUCUGACCCAGAUGUACUUCUUCAUAGCUUUUGGAAACACAGACAGUUACCUCCUAGCAGCCAUGGCCAUUGACCGCUAUGUAGCCAUAUGUAAUCCCUUUCACUACAUCACCAUCAUGAACCACAGACGCUGUGUCCUGCUUCUGGUCCUCUCCUUUUGCAUUCCACACCUCCACUCCCUCCUGCACAUUCUCCUAACCAAUCAACUCAUCUUCUGUGCCUCUAAUGUCAUCCACCAUUUUUUCUGUGAUGACCAGCCAGUGCUAAAAUUGUCCUGUUCCUCCCAUUUUGUCAAAGAAAUCACAGUAAUGACAGAAGGGUUGGCUGUCAUAAUGACACCCUUUUCAUGCAUCAUCAUCUCUUAUUUGAGAAUCCUUAUCACUGUUCUGAAGAUUCCUUCAGCUGCCGGGAAGCGCAAAGCAUUUUCUACCUGUGGCUCUCAUCUCACAGUGGUGACCCUGUUUUAUGGAAGCAUUAGCUAUGUUUAUUUCCAGCCCCUGUCCAACUAUACUGUCAAGGAUCGAAUAGCAACAAUCAUCUACACCAUACUGACUCCCAUGCUGAACCCAUUUAUCUAUAGUCUGAGGAACAAAGACAUGAAGCAGGGCUUAACAAAGCUGAUGCACCAGGUGAAAUGCCAAUAA